CAGUGAAACAAACUGGGCUGGGCAAUCGAAGUUGGGACAAUUUACGGAGGUUUCUGAUGCCGGAUAGUCGACGACAUUAAGGACAUGUAUACAGCUAAUAUGUAUAGCAUCCUAUUGUUGUGUCAUUUAGCGUAGUAAGGAGCCUAUCCAUGUCAAAUACUUUUCUACUUAUACGAGGAGUUUAAUGUAUUUCGCUAGACAAUUGAAGCUUAACUGAAAACAAACUAACGUCCCUCCUAUUUGAACUGAGGAUGAUUUUUGCUAAUACUGGAAACCCACUAAGGACUCCGUAUCGCAAACAGCCAACUGUUGCCUCAUCAUCACAUCCCAUGGCUCCACCCAGCCCAAGCAACAAUAGCAGCAGCAGUAGCACUACAGGUUGGGACCAGCUCAGCAAAACAAACCUCUACAUCCGAGGCCUGUCCCCUUUAACCACAGACCAUGACCUGGUCAAGCUCUGUCAGCCGUAUGGCAAAAUUGUGUCAACAAAGGCCAUCCUGGACAAAACUACAAACAAAUGCAAAGGGUAUGGCUUUGUGGACUUUGACAGCCCUGCUGCAGCUCAGAAAGCUGUGGCCGCCCUGAAGACCACUGGUGUCCAAGCUCAGAUGGCAAAGCAACAGGAACAAGACCCGACAAACUUGUACAUCUCCAAUUUGCCUAUGUCUAUGGAUGAGCAGGAACUGGAGAACAUGUUAAAGCACUUCGGCCAGGUCAUCUCCACACGCAUCUUGAGGGACUCCAGUGGAGGCAGCAGAGGAGUGGGCUUUGCAAGGAUGGAGUCAACUGAAAAAUGUGAUGCAGUCAUUUCUCACUUCAAUGGAAAGUUUAUUAAGACACCUGCAGGUGUUCCAGCACCAUCUGAACCUUUGCUGUGCAAGUUUGCCGAUGGUGGACAGAAAAAGCGACAAAGUCAGAAUAAAUUUGCCCUGAAUGGUCGUGGUUGGGGAAGGGACAUUAACUCCAGACUGGCCGGAAUGACACUCACAUAUGACCCCAGUGCAGCUGCUAUGCAAAAUGGGUUUUUCCCACAAGCAUACAGUAUUUCAAACAGGAUGAUUGCUCAAACGUCCAUGUCUCCUUACAUGUCUCAAGUUUCAACAUACCAGGUGCAGAACCCAUCCUGGAUGACUCACCAGCCCUACAUUAUGCAGCACCCAGGUACUGUGAUAUCGCCCUCUAUGGACCCAUCUAUGUCACUACAGCCUGCUUCCAUGAUGGCCCCUCUUGCACAGCAGAUGAGUCACCUCUCUAUGGGAAAUGCAGGAACAGUAAGAGAACUCUACUUUGGUACAGAGUUCACAAAUUAUACUUAUUUUUUUUAA